GAAAUUUAGUUGAACUGAAAACACCGAAAUGAGUCAAAUCACUGUUUCUCUCGUAACCAAAAAAGAAUCAGUCUCUCUUUCUCUCUCUCCUCGCCUCGCUUCCAUGGCGAGGGUUAAACACAGAGCCGCACGAAAAUCUGCACGAUUAUCAGGAGCUGGAGCAACAUCGGCAUCUCCUGGCCCGAGUUCGGCUUCUGGUAGACGCGCUACAGGAAAUGCAACCGACGCACCCGAAAGUUCUACGGCAAGACAGAGGCAGCGUAAACCUUACCGCCACCGCCCAGGAACGGUGGCUCUUCGGGAGAUUCGCCAAUUCCAAAAAAGUUUUAAACUGCUGAUACCGGCGGCACCUUUCAUUAGAACUGUAAGGGAGAUUAGUACAUUCUAUGCUCCAGGGGUAACUCGCUGGGCAGCUGAAGCUUUGGUAGCUCUUCAAGAGGCGGCAGAAGAUUAUUUGGUUCAUCUAUUUGAAGAUGCAAUGCUUUGUGCAAUCCACGCGAAGCGUGUUACUCUAAUGCAAAAGGACUGGGUACUAGCACGAAGGAUAGGAGGGAAAGGGAGGCCUCGGUGAGAAGGGUGCAAUACUUAUUGGCAUUACCAUCUGUGGAUGGCAAAGAUGGGCCAAGUCUUGACAGGUAGGGCCAGUGCGGCAAAUAUUCAUCCGAUUGUCCAAUUGUACAGCUCUAGUUGACAGAAGGUUGAGAUUUUUUUGCUGAAAUGUGAAAUAUUGGCUUCGCUAUCUCCUUGGAACUCUGCUUUUGUAUUGCAUGAAAACAGCAUAGAGAUAUUUGUCCUGGUUGUGGUUAGACAUAGUUGGGGAUGAGUGGGGAGAAAAAGAACCAGAAUUGAUUCUGUACUGGAAGGUUCUCAAACUGGUGGUGAAGAUGAGGUCAAGGUGGAUAUGGAACCUGUUGCUACCUCUAAAUGGUUCCUGUGCUCAGAUAUUCUUCCACUAGUAUGGUAGGUUGCAAGUAAGUUUGAAGUCUUGUUACACAAGUAUGGAUUCCUAUGCUCAGAUAUAUGUCAUGGAUAUUUAUUAUUUGGUUCGAGGUUGUUUUGUUUGAUUCAUUUAAUUAUUUGAUUCAGUUUGAUUAA